GAGUGCAGCUGCAGCGCCAAGUCCUGUACUUGGAAACAUUCCUCCAAAUGAUGGGAUACCAGGAGGCCCCAUUCCUCCAGGCUUCUUUCAGGGACCCCCAGGUUCUCAGCCCUCGCCACAUACACAGCCGCCUCCUCACAAUCCUAACAACAUGAUGGGACCCCACAAUCAGCCUUUUAUGUCACCGCGAUACGCAGGAGGUCCAAGGCCCCCUAUCAGAAUGGGAAGCCAGCCCCCAGGUGGUGUUCCAGGUGCACAGCCAUUGCUACCCAACACAUUGGAUCCCACGCGACAACAAGGGCACCCUGGUAUGGGUGGACCAAUGCAGAGAAUGAAUCCUCCCCCACGAGGAAUGGGCCCAAUGGGACAGCAGAACUAUGGCGGUUCAAUGAGACCUCCACCCAAUUCAAUAGGUCCAGGCAUGGCUGGGAUGAACAUGGGUCCAGGAGCUGGGCGACCAUGGCCUAAUCCUUCCAAUGCUAACUCAAUUCCAUACUCCUCCUCAUCUCCUGGUACAUAUGGGGUAUGUAUUUCUAUUUUGAACAUGUUUGCACUGUUCAAAUGCUUGUAGAUGUUGAAAAAUACA